AGGAGCACUACAGCGCUGCAGCCUUAAAUGGUGAAAUGUGAGACAGCUCUGACCUCAGACGACAAAGAGAGGAAGGUGCAGAAUGAGAAAAACAACUCGACUGACGCAGGAAAUAACGACCAGGCCAGAGAAAACAGACUAAGCCUCUGCUGCUAAGGAGAGAAGGAGAUUUCUCCUCUGCUGGCCCAGGAGGAUGUUGAUGAAGAUGGCUGCUGCCUCCACCACGUCUCUGCUCCUGCUCUGGUGCUUCGCCAUCUCCAGCACAGACUCCCAGGAUCCUUGCAACUACAAUGCUGUAAAAGGAAAGGACUUCAUUGUCCCUCUGUCUUUGAAACUGGAACCGUCUCACCGACUGAAAUGGAAGCACAACGAUAAUUUAAUCUUUGAUCGAAGACAAGGCAACACUUUGGUCCAGGGGAAGAUGGAAGACGUUUCAAAAAAUGGUUCCCUGAAGCUGACGAAUCUGAACGAUGGCCACAAGGGGACAUACACCCCGGAACUGUAUGAUCAAAGUGGAAAACUAAUAGAGAAUCUGAAAAGCAUACAUUUAUGUAUAUUUGAACCUGCCCCGAAGCCCAAAGUGACAAAGAAUUGUUCCGUAGCAGAUGUCAAAUUUACCUGCGAAGUUCCAGCUAAGCUCGCCAAGGAUCUCAAAUAUGCAUGGCUUCAGAAUGACAUUUUAUUAAAAGAGAAUACCAACACUCUGAAACGAAAGGCUGAAGAGGUGGAAAAAGGUUCCUUCAGAUGCAAAGUUUCCAACCCCGCCAGCUCCGAGACCAGUGACGCUAUUACACAGGAGUCGUGCUAUAAGCGCAAGUCCAUUUUCCCAGAAACAUUAUUAGGAAUUAGUACCUGGAUUUAUGUGGGCGCCGGAGGAGGUAUUGUCCUGGUGCUGAUAAUCGUCGUUAUUAUUUGCUGCAUCCACGCCAAAAGGAAAAAACGAAUGCUACUGAAGGAGGAGGGGGAGCUUCGUUUGCAGUGGACCAAUGAACAGCAACAUCCGCAUCAUCAUCACCACCAUCAUCAUCAACAACAUCAACAUAGUCACCCUCCUGAACCACACCACCACCGUGGCCAGCAGCACCCGGCCGGCCACACCGGUCCUCGCCAGCAUCGCUCCAAACAGCACCGCGAGCAGCAGCUCCCCCGAGUCCCCCCUGAGCCCAGCUCCCGACGACUCCCACAGGCCCCAAAAGCAGUCGAUCAAAUCGAUGACGAGCAGCCUCCUCCUCUUCCUCAGCCGAGGAAGAAAGCUGCCAAAACACAGAGAGUGUGACACCAUGUGAGUGUUGGAGUUAAGGAAACCUCAUCGCUCUUCUUCUUUUCUUCUUAUUCUCCUUUCAGUUUUGUUCCCGGUUAGCUCUAUUGAUGUUUUUGUUCAAACUCAGCCAGUAAGACAGCAGAUCGAAGGCACUUUACUCCUCCGUAGCUCGCCGUUAUACAUGAUGACGUCAUCAGGAUGUGGCAAAAAACAAUAAUCAAACUUAGUUUUUGUGAAGUGUAUGAUGACGUGAUGGAAAAACUUGGCCUGCCCUAAUUUUGGAACCAUUGU